GCGUUACGUGUAGUUGCUACUGCACUCUCGUACCCUGCACUCUCGCGUGAUGAGACUUGUAGCGCUCGGUUUUCUGUAAGACAGGAGGGAAGGAGGCUGGAGUUAACAGUCUUUUCGGAGGGGUAAGUAGCGAUCCGGGACUUCGGGCUGUGUCUGUGAAAUCAGAAACGUUGAGCUGUGAAGCGAACUGUGCGGGACUCUUGGGCAGUAUGAAAUCGGUGUAGGAAUCUAGCAAUCGCUAUCCCUUACGAAGUCUGCGGCUCACUGACAGCGAGGGGACCGGCAAUCCAACAGUAAGUGGCUUCUGUGAAACAAGACUGAUGUCAACUUGCACUUGUGCUUGGAUUACAUCAUUGUGCUGGAAGCAGGCAUGGCACUAGAGCUGCGGCAUGCUGGGAAUUCUACAGUCACUGAUUGGCAGAAGAGAAGUCUCCAGAUUUAGCAGGUAGAGCUGGACAACAAUUGCCUGUGAAAAAAUCCUGCUGGAAUCAACUUCUGUUUUCCUGUUUAAUAAGGACCAGAGAACUGAGCCAAUAUUAACUAUAAUCAAGUCUUAAUUUUCAUCUUGGGAAUCUUAAUACCGCUUCUAAUUUGUCAAAAAUGGUUGAUUGUUGUAGGUUGAGAAAAAGCUGUGAAACGCUUUUUUCCUUUGUGGAUGUUUACAUCUGUAUUGGAGCAUGACAAGUUUCAGAUCUUACCAGAAUGAUGGUGUGGAGGCCGGGGGAGUGUCAAUGAAAGGGAAUGAUUUACGAGCUGUGGAAUAUUACCCUCAUGGAUACUGGAUGCAAAGCAGCAAUGGUGUCCAGCUUCCUUCCUCUGGGGAUGCUUCAAGGACUAAUGCCAUCACCCCAGCAAUGCCAAAGAUGGGGGUCCGUGCCCGGAUUGCAGAUUGGCCUCCAAAGAAAGAAGCUGUAAGAGAGACUUUAACUCCAAGCCAUUCACAGGAUAUGGAAGGACUGAAUGAAGGGUUUCAAAAUGGACAGAAUUUUCAAAGUACUCGGGGUUCCCCCGCAUUUAGGGGCAUUCAUAGGUUAUCUAGAAAAAGAUCAAACGAUGUUGAGUUUCAGGAUGGUUGGCCAAGGUCUCCUGGAAGACUGUUUCUUCCACUUCGAAACAGAAGCAACAGUGAAAUCACCCUUAGUGAGUGCGAUAUGGAUGAGGCAGUAGAAUCGAGAGGUACAAAGUUCACUAAUGGCAUGCCUCUUUUUAGAGAAUAUGGUAGCACUUCAUCAAUCAAUGUACAAGGUAUCUCAGAACAGAGUUUUUUUGAUAUGCUAAAAGACUUCAAAAAUGAAAAACCUGGCCAGAGUGGUAAGUCACCAGACCAAGGAAAUAGUCUGCUCAGAGAGGACUCCAGUAUGGCUUCUAGUCUACAUCUGGUAGGGAGCUCUAUAACAGACCUGAGGAAUGGUCAGUUUCAGAAAGAUGAUCCUGGCCUUAAAGACAAAGAAAAGUUGCGCAAAAAGAACACCAAGGGAGAUUCUAGUGAUUCAUCAUUAUUUCGAAAGCUACGAAACAAUAAGAAUGAAAGUGAACCAGGCAGAUCUUUUAAUGAGCAGGAUGAAAGCAUCAAGCCCUGGUUAUGCCCAAAAACAUUUGCACAUUAUGAUGUACAGAGCAUGCUUUUUAAUCUCAAUGAAAUUGCAGCUAACAGAACCUAUGUUGCCCAAAGGCGUAACACUACAACAGGGGCUUCUGCUGCAUCUGCUGUGUCGUUGGCGGUGUCAAGGGCAUAUGGUCUAGGAAAUAUUGACCCAAGUUUCACCAGUACAGAAGACCUAAACUUUAAGGAGAACCUUGAACAGGACAUGGGAGACAACAAUAGCAAUGAACUACUCCUUAACUGCCCUCAUUUUAGAAAUGAGACAGGUGGAUUAAGUGAACGUAAUGUGAGUUUCUCUAAAGCAUCUCUUGGUACCCCUUGUGGCAGUGAGGGAGGAUUCCUGGAGCCCUCAUUAACCAUGUACUGUACAAAUGCUAGUAUCUCUGUGCUGGAAGUGCCCAAGGAAAAGCAGAAAAGCCAAGGACGAUUAAAACAUUAUAGCAUUGAACAUGUAGAUUUAGGAGCACAAUAUUAUCAGGAGUAUUUUCAUGGCAAAGAGCACUGUAACUACUUUGGUGUGGAUGAUAAGCUAGGUCCUGUUGCUGUCAGCCUAAAAAGGGAGAAACUGGAAGACAGUAAGGAAUUUGGACUACAGUACCAUUACCGGAUCAUCUUCAGGACCAGUGAGCUGGUCACUCUGAGGGGUAUGAUCCAGGAGGAUGCAGUGCCAUCAGUAGCCAAACAUGGAACUGUGAGGGGGCUACCACUGAAAGAUGUUCUGGAGGCUGUAAUUCUUGAACUUAACACCCAGUGCCUGCGGCUGGCAAUGAAUUCAUCUAAAGUCACUGAGCAACUCCUGAAACUGGAUGAACAGGGGCUUUGCAGAAAACACAAAGUUGGAAUACUGUAUUGUAAGGCCGGUCAGAGCUCAGAAGAAGAGAUGUACAACAAUGAGUAUGCAGGACCAGCGUUCGAAGAAUUUAUGUCUUUACUUGGAGAAAAAGUCUGCCUUAGAGGCUUCAGCAAGUAUUCAGCCCAGCUGGACACUAAAACGGAUUCUACUGGCACACAUUCUUUGUACACCAGCUACCAGGACUACGAGAUAAUGUUCCACGUAUCCACUCUACUUCCCUAUACUCCAAAUAAUCGACAACAGCUCCUCCGAAAACGGCACAUAGGAAACGACAUUGUGACUGUCAUCUUCCAGGAACCCGGUGCUCUUCCUUUUACACCUCAAAAUAUACGAUCUCAUUUCCAGCAUGUAUUUAUUAUUGUUAGAGUCUUUGAGCCCUGCACCGAGAACGUCUGUUAUAGUGUGGCUGUAACCAGGUCAAAAGAUGUCCCACCAUUUGGGCCACCUGUACCCAGUGGAGUCCCUUUCCGCAAGUCUGAUGUCUUUCGGGACUUUCUUUUAGCCAAGGUUAUCAAUGCUGAGAAUGCGGCCCACAAGUCAGACAAAUUCCACACCAUGGCUACCCGCACCCGGCAAGAAUACAUCAAGGACCUUGCUGAGAAUUAUAUCACUAAUACACCUAUUGACACAUCAGGCAAAUUCAACCUCAUUUCAUUGACAUCAAAGAAGAAAGAGAGGACCAGACCACGUAUAGGGAGUGAGAUGCAGAGUGCUGGGGCAUUGUCCUGGAGAGUCGUAGCUCAAGAUUUCUCUCGGGGUGCAGAAACAGAGUGUGCAUUAGGAAUCUCAAAUGAGUUUAUGGUUCUUAUUGAAACUGCUACUAAAGAGGUGGUCUUUAACUGUUACUGUGCUGAUGUGAUCGGCUGGACUCCGGAACCAUUAUCCCUGAAAAUAUUUUAUGGCAGAGGGGAUCAUAUAUUAAUACGAACAUUGGAUGGUAAUGGUGAAGACAUAAAGGAAAUCGUGCAGAGGCUCAAGAUAAUGACCACAGGAUGUGAGACAGUGGACAUGACACUGCGCAGGAAUGGCCUUGGUCAGCUUGGUUUCCAUGUUAAGUAUGAUGGGACGGUUGCUGAAGUAGAAGAGUAUGGAUUUGCUUGGCAAGCUGGCCUGCGUCAGGGCAGUCGUUUGGUGGAGAUAUGCAAAGUGGCAGUUGUGACACUCACACAUGACCAGAUGAUUGAUCUUUUGCGUACUUCAGUCACUGUCAAAGUGGUUAUUAUCCCUCCCCAUGAGGAUGGGGUGCCACGAAGAGGAUUGUUUGAAGCUUAUGAACUAAGCUCUGUAGAACACAAGGAAAUGGAGAAUUCCACCUCUGGAACUCGCCCACCCUUCCGCAGCAAUACAGCAUGGCAGUGGAGCGGCUCUGCCACCCACCAUGGAGCCAGCCCUUCCCAGAAAUGGGUGACUCCUGGCCAUGCACUAUCUCUGAAUAGACUGCCCAAGCAAGCAACAUCAGUGUCUUCCCGGGAUCCACAGUCUCUUCAUGGGAGCAGAAGGCCGGUGAGUUUCCCUGAAACGCCGUACAUUGCUACAUCACCUACUGCUGUGGAUAAAGGACAACCUCAUAGACAAACAUCUGGAAGUUUCUCCACCCCAAACUCAGGAGGAGCAACCUACAGCCGAUACAAGGCAACUCCAGAUAGUAGAACUGGAACACCUCAGCGCUCCAUGCUGCAGUUGGAACCGUAUUACAUACAAGAAGGGAUAUCGAGUCCUGAUAAAUAUCCAGCAGCUAUCGGCACUCAGGAGAUAACCUCAGAACGACAUAAAUCAGAACCGAUGUGGCACAUUCCAGCCCAGAAUCGUGCAGGCACAGGGCUAAACAAGAGGCCCAGCAGGCAGGAGAUACCAGGGAAGAAUUCUCCUCACCGCCAUUCACGUGGUGAGCCACAGUACUCUAGCCACUCCAGCAGCAACACACUAUCCAGCACUGCCUCCAGCAACCAGAGUGAUGAGCGCUGGUUCGACACCCCGGAACAACCGGAUUUAGACCUUGAGCCUCUUUCCAAAGGCACUUCCAACGACAGUGGCAUCGACACCACUAUCCCUAAUUUUCCCCACACCAAACCUGCGCGGCUUACCCCACGCCGGGAAAAGCCACAGAAACCAGUGGCCUGCUCCACUUAUCCAGGCAUGCACGACAGCAGCUCCAGGGAAAAAAGGAAGGAGUCCAUGUCCUCCAACAAGGGUUACAGACCCAAACUGUACUCGCCUGGGAACACUGGAGGAAAUGUAUUUAACCAAACCAGGACAAGCUUUUUUAAGUCCCCUGAAACUCCCAACCCUCCCCACAUGACACAGUCCAGCUCAUUCCAGUUGUCCAGCUCUGUUCCCAAAUCAUUCUUUUCCCGACAGAAUGUGAGAAACCAGAUCCCAGCUGGGUGGAAGAAGCCAGAGGAGGCUCCAUCAACACAAGCUACAUUCACAGACCCAAAGAAGCAAGUAGAUGUGAACACAAAGAAUGUGUUUGGUCAGCCUAGGCUACGAGCCUCACUCCGAGACUUACGAUCACCUCGCAAAAACUACAAGUCUACUAUCGAGGAUGACUUGAAAAGGCUUAUUAUAAUGGAUAAUUUUGGAUCAGACCAGGAGCAGGAAUGCAUGUCUCCUCAAAAGACCUUGCAGAGAACACUUUCAGAUGAGAGUCUCUGCAGCGGCCGCAGGGACCCAGGGUUUGCCUGCUCUCCUGGACUGGAUUGCUCUUUAGGGGGUGAUGCUUUGUUCACCAGCUCCUACCCAUCCAACACAAUGCCUGUCCGCCGGCAGCACACGCCCAGCCUAUCAGAGAAAAGUGCUAAUAUCUCCUCCUCAGAGCUGUCUCUCAAUGAGAUGCGUGACUCAAACACACCGCAUAUGGACCCAGGCAUGAUGCCACUCCCAGACACUGCUUCUGGGCUAGAGUGGUCAAGCUUAGUCAGUGCUGCCAAGGCUUAUGAAGUGCAAAGAGCUGCUUCACUUUUUUCUCUGAACGAAGUUGCUGAGCUCCGUCCUGCACAAAGUGGUGGCACCACUCACCUGAGCCUAGAACGACAACACACUCCGCGAAGCACCCCUACAUCCAGUGGUGAGUUGACCCCAGACCUGACUGGGAAGGUGUUGCAGUUGGAAGUUUUGCUGAAGCAGCUUCAUACAGAUCUACAGAAGGAAAAGUUGGACAAAGAAGCCUUAGCAGCUGAAGUGGCCUGUCUGCGGCAGAACAACCAGCGACUUCAGGAAGAGUCCACUAAUGCCAGUGAGCAACUGCGAAAGUUUGCAGAGAUCAUCUCCAACACAGUCGAGAAAAAGGACUAAGACCUCAUUCUGGUUAUUAGCUAUCAGCUUCCACUUCCUUUGUAAAGACUACUGCAUUCCUCAGCCAUUUUGUACUUGUGUGGACAGAACAAUGGUACCUGACUCUUAAUUGGAGGCUCCUUAACCCUCAUACAGUUGUGACUUUUAUAAUGUUCAUGUACUUAAGCUGUUCAGAAACUACAUUUUUUUUUUUAUUUAUCAUGGAACCAUUAUUGUGAGAAUUUUUCGUCAGCAUAAUUGUUGUUUCUACAUGUACAGAACCAGUUUGCCAUUUUUAGAUUUGUAUCCAAAUCCCCGGACCUUUAUUACCUUUUUUUUUUCCACUUUACCAAGAGUUAUGCAAGAAAAGACAACUCCCAACUGAAAGGGACACAAAGUUCAUAUGGUGCAGCAAUGCAUCUAGCUGGAAAAUAAUGUUAUAUAUCUAAAUAUAUAUAUAUAUAUUUAAUUUGUACAGGAAAAAUUAUAUUUAGGGAUUUGGGAUUGAAAUUAAUCAUUUGAAAUUGUGAAAAUCUUUCAUACAAAUUUAUUUUAUUACAACACUACUGGACACUGGGAAUGGCAAGGUUUCUGCAGUAAUCCUGAUGUAUAUUUUGUUAAUAUAAUGUAUUAAUAAGGAUGCAUUUUGUUAGUGAAAAUCAGAUUUUGAGAGUUGUCUGAAGCGAAUGUGGUAAUUUCUUAAUAUUGCAGAACUAUAAAAACAUUUGCAAAAAAAAUGCUGUUUACACCAUAUAUGUGUUACAUGGGAAGAACUACAAUUCUGUACUUUACUAAUAGCAUUUCAAAGAUUCUCUCCAUCAGGGGGCAGUAUAUAAAGUUCCAUCACAUCUACUGUAUAACAUGCACUUUCCUUCCAUUCCAAACUGUAGGAAAAUGUGCCUAAAAGCAAAUUAGGCUUAAUAAACUUAAAGUCCUUUAUUUCUAA